AUGGCUCCGCCGCCCCUCUCUCCCUCCCCUUCCGGAUCGACUGAGCGAUUAGUCGAAGAGCUGGCACCCGCGCUGGACCAGCUAAAGUCCCUAACGGUGGGCAACCCAAUUACCUUCCCGCAGGUACUGACAGCCACCGAACCUCUCCUCCGUCUGCGCCAUACCUUUAUUGAUGAUGCCCACCCGCGAACCGCCAAAGAUGCAUUCCGACAACUGUGGGGCUUCCAGACCCUGCUGCGUGUUGCCGAACAAUUAGCAGAGCUAUAUGACAUCAAUGCUUUAUCCAAGGACGAGAGAAAAGAUUUACUAGCCAUUUACAAGGAUGUGCUGGGAGUCUUGGCUGAGGCAUUGAAGAAUCAUUUUGGCAAUAGACGAUACUUUGCGCGCAGGAUCGUCGGAGGGGGAACGGCAGCCCUAGAGCGAAGUCUGGCUGUACUUGUUGGAAAAGUAGGCCAGGCUGAAAAUGAUGCACACCAAAUAUAUGGUGCGGUUUUGGCCGCUGCGCUGUGCCAGGAGAGCGUUUCGGGAAUUUUUAUAACAUUGAGUGCGAAAUUCCCACAUAUUGAGAGGUCCCAAUCUCCAACACAGCUGCGGGAUGCCGUGGACCAGUGCAUGGGACCCGCCGAGACUGUAGAAGUGGCAGAGCUUCUGGGACCAUUACUUCGGGCGUGGGUGACUCAAUCUGCCUCCCCAGGCAAUGGUACUCUACGCCUUGCUAUCCCCGCAUGUCUUUGUCAAUUGGCAUCCCAAUCCUUGAGGAACGUUGUAGCUUUGCAUGCCACCGGUAUGCUGACUUCCAUUCUUCCACUUCUGUUCGACAGCGGCCGGCCCGACAACGAGACAGAACUUUAUCAGCAUUUGGCUCGGCUUCUCAGUGUCCAGGGAAUGAGUAGCCUGGAUGACGCAGUUGCUCUGUACCGUCGAGCACAUCAGAACCCACGGGUCUUGAAAUUCCUUGUGUCUGCUCUCAAAGCUUCUAAAGAGCCUCCUGCAAUACAAUUCGACAUGUCUAUACAUGGCUUUUCUUCUGUGGAGUUCGCGACUUUGGGUCGACCAUUUCCCCCAAGUUCUUCGGGCGGCUAUACUUUGGCAGCCUGGGUUCGGUUUGAUGAGUUCGAUCUCAACACACAUACCACGAUAUUUGGCGCGUUCGAUGCCAGCCAGACCUGCUUCCUGCUUGCUUACCUGGAGAAGGAUACUCACAACUUUAUUCUUCAAACGUCAAUCCGUGGUCUCCGCCCCAGUGUUCGGUUCAAGUCCGUUAAGUUCAAGCCUGGUCGAUGGUAUCAUAUUUGCAUGGUCCACAAACGGCCAAAGCCCACCUCAUCAUCACGAGCAUUUCUGUUCGUAGAUGGCGAAUUUGUGGAGCAGCUAAAGAUUGACUACCCCUCCGUUCCCACCAGUAAUCACCCGAACAGACCACCUCACAUCCAAGCAUUUUUUGGCACGCCCCAGGAUCUAGCAAUGCGUCUUGGCAAGGGAGUUUCGACGUCCAGAUGGUCCUUGGCCAAUGGGAUACUCCUCGACGAGGCCUUUAGUGAUGAUAUGAUAGCUGUCUUCUACAAUCUCGGGCCCCGCUACUAUGGCAACUUUCAGGAUUGUCUUGGUUCUUUUCAAACCUAUAAGGCCUCUGCAACCCUAAAUCUACGCAACGAACACCUCCAUCCUGGGAAGGAGGAGUCUUCGGAUAUUGUGACAGCCAUCAGGAGACGAGCCAGCACUUUAGUUCGUGAGAAUUCGAUAUUAAUUAAUGUUUCUCCAGUUGCUGUUCUUGACGAUGAUGACAGCAACAACGUUGAUGAAUCACAGCUCAUAAAAUGCUUAUCAAGACAGGCAGCAAAGAGCUUGCAACAAUUAACCAAGGCCGGCGGUAAUGCCGUUGCAAUCAAUGGGGCUACUCCGGCAAUCAACGAUGGCUUAACUCAGCCCCAGGGAGUCGGAAUUUUAACGGGUGAUCCGGUGGUUGCUGUCCCCUGGUCAUUAGACGACGCCAGUUGGUGCCUUGGUGGCUGUGCCGCUGUGCAUUUAAGCUUGAUUCAAUCCUCUGGCUCCCCCGAAACCCUCCGCUUGGCCGUCGAAGCUCUUUAUGAAGCUAUCCAAGACAAUUGGAGAAACAGUGAAGCAAUGGAAAGAGAAAACGGCUAUGGCAUUCUUGCAGCGCUCUUGCGGGAAAAACUAGGCUUUCAAUUGGGUAACUUCUCGUCUAGUAAACCUGCCGUGGCCAACUCAAGUGCUGAAGAACAAAAUUCUCUUACCUUGGAUCUUCUGCGCUUGACACUGGAGUUCGUGGGAUAUAAUUUUGAGCACCCAAACCUUUCUAUUAUCACCAACCCGCUCGCCUACCGGGUCUUGCUGGUUGACAUGGAUAUUUGGCGAUAUGGCGAAGCACCGGUCCUCGAGCUAUACUACAAUCAAUUCCGAGCCUUUGCUACUGACAGCAACUAUCACCGCUUCAACGCAAAACGGCUUGGUCGCAUGCGUGCCAGCAAGAAAUUGAUUGAGACACUGAAGGGCGGCGAAUUAACUCUCGAGACGCUCAACCCUUGUCUCUCUGCUUUCCGGUCUUUGAUGGAGAGCGGCAUGUCUCCUGAUCUCCUGCGGUCGUUUGCUUUAUCCAUCACAUAUACACUUCACAUGCCAAAGCCCACUACUAGUCUCCAGAAAAAGAAGAGUCUUCGAUUUGUCGCGGCUCCCUCACGACCGGGUUCUUCAAAAUCCCAUUCCGAAAAGCAUAUCUCGGCCACCAUGCAAGGAACUGAAAUGUUGCGGUUGUAUACAGAAGUGCUGUGCAAUCCGCUAGACUCCACACCGUUAAAGAAAUUUGCCAAAGCGGUAACUAACAAGUGGCUACUUUAUCUGUCAUGUGAAGACGAACCAGAAGUCGUGGUCCUUGCUACGAAGAUACUAGCUCGGUUGUUAGUUGUUCAUGGCAGUGGGUAUAGUAAGAAGUUCUCUGACAAAAAUGGGGGGUACACGAUCUUAGAGCACCACUUGAAAAGAUGGUGGAACGUUCCUGCACUGUGGACCAUCUGCUUUUCCAUCUUAUUUGGUCGAGACAUUGCUCUUUUGAACCUUGACAGACCGUUUGACGGCCCUGGCUUUCUAAAACUGUUUCUCAGUGACGGAGAUCUUCGAAUUGUGAAUCCUGAGAUGUUCCCGGUGAUCACUGGAAUGCUGAAGAGUGGGCUGAGAAGCACGGCUCUAAAAAGUGAUAUUGGUGCGCAAACCAGCACAGGUAUGCCAAAACCAGAUCGGAAGAGUUUCAAGAUGUUAUCGGUCAACUUUAAUGAUGUUCCUUUGGGAGACCGCGAAGGGCAGAAAGUUUCUCUUUUAUUCGCAGUGGUGGAAUUCCUAGAGGAGGCGAGCACCAUAUCUCGGAACUUCCAAGAAUUCACCGUCCAGUCCACCUAUGUACAAGAGGUCCUGGCUGUUCUGUAUCCAGUAAUCGUCAAUUCGGAUUCUAUCAGUGCCAACACCGAGCUGAACACCAGAUAUGGUGGUCUUUCCUUCGAUGAUAGCAAUCUGGUCCUGCGACCACGUUCGAGUGCUGCCAACACGUCAACGGUGCUGCAGACCACCACAGUCGAUUGUCCCACCAGUCCCGAAGAAUGCGCUGGCUCUGCUCGCCGUGGAUCCUUCAUUCUUGUCUCCUCUGAUAAAUCAACCCAUCAACCGUCCUCUGCACGUAUUAGGCGUGUUAUUCAUCCUACUUUUUCGAAUGAUAGGUCUUCCGUGGAUCACCCACUUGUCAAGGCCAUCUUUGGACUAGCUCUCACCGUCUUUGAGGAUCAGCUCUUGGAACGCAAGGACUUCUCGGGCUUGGGGCUUUAUCAUAAAAAUCCUCCCGGCUUUUUGGAACAUCAAGCAUAUUUCAAUUCUUGGAUCUUCAAUCACCUGUUGUCAACUCUCAAGACACUACCCAGCUCCAAACCUCGGCUCCUUCAGGAACCGCGUACCCUUACCAACAUUGCCAGAUUCGCAACACAUCUAGCCGAGGCAGUCUACGAGGGAUGGUUUAUUGAUGGAGCUGCCACCACUUUGGAAAGCCUCGGCCCAAUCUUGGAAUAUAUCCAGCGACCGGACAUCUCCAGCCUGAAGAGCAUUAGGCUGUGCAAUCAAGCGGUGGCAACAACCCACUCUAUCUUGUAUCGCGUUGUCUUGUUUCAAUUGUCAGAGGCUGAUGAAAAUGACUCUCUGGCCGUUUUGAAACGUCUGAACUAUUGGCAGGUAGUCCUUCUCAGCGCAUCAGAGACCGAGUCGAAACAUCUCCAGCUCUUCUGCUAUCUUCUCUAUACAAAGUUAAUCAGCACGGAUGAUGAUAUUCGCCUGGCUGCUGCUAGUCUCUGGAGAAUCAUUUUGGUGCAAAAGCCCGACGAAAUGAAUAAUAUCAUUGCUCGUGGACCUCCUUCCCUGCAGCGUCGACUAUCAGAUGGCUUUGAAGCUCUGGCGGGGAUGGAAGACGAAGCGUUCUUACAUUGGAUCGAUGAUGAGCGUGACGAUCUGGACUCUUUAUUCCUAGGUAUCCUUGGCCGAACAUGGGAAGCGUUCGUCCAAGACGAGAAUACUAAAAGCGAAGAAUCGGCUAAAACCCGGAUUGCAAAACGCAAGGACAAGCUUAAGCAGUGGGUACAGUUGGAGAAAUUUGAUGAAGAAGUAACGCGUAAACAUGAUGCAACCUUGCCCCAUUGGAUAUCCAAUAUCUCCGCGUCGGAAACCCUCAAGUCGCAGAGGUGUCUGCAAGACCUCCAGGACAAUUCGUCUUUUAUGUGGUCAGCCUUCUCUGGCCUCUUGGUGGAUCUUCGACGACCAGGUGGUCUGUUGUCCGAGGAGAAAGAAAGAAAAUCCAGGCUUGACCAGACGGAAGGCCGCAGUCGUAUGCGUUUACGCGUUGUCCCGGAUGAUUCAGGCGAACGCCAAGACUACCAACCCAAACGCAAGGCUUCUGAGCCCCCCAUGAUGAAGAUUGACACUCGAGUGCGUGCACUGUCCGAAGGUGAGGCCAUCGGGAGCCCAACUGGCCUCACGACAGAGCCAGAGGCUGUUGAUCCCGAGGAACAAGAUGGCGAUCCCGAAGACCGCAGCAUACUUGAAGAGAACUUCGAAAUGAUCGAUGAUCCGAAGGUUGAACUGGAAGAUUACGAGGACAAAAAUCGCAGAGUAAUGCGAUCGCUCCAACGAGGCGACCAGGUACAGAAUGUGUGCAAUCAAUCACGGAUAAUUGGUCUCGAGGCUGUCGAAGGCCUUCUGAUCAUUGGGAAAGACUGCAUCUACAUUCUGGAUAACUUCUUCCAACGCGCUGAUGGAGAGAUUGUCAAUGUUUGGCAAGCACCCUCUGAGGAGCGAGACCCCUACGUGCGAAUGAUUGCUGGGCGAGAAUCGAACGACCGCCGAUCGCAGGAGCAUGAAACCAGAAGCUGGAAAUGGUCCGAUUUGGUCAGCGUCUCUAAACGACGCUUCCUCUUCAGGGACGUUGCCCUUGAGAUCUUUUUCACCGAUGGCACGAGCUAUCUAUUAACCUUCCUCUCUGCGCGAGUGCGGGAUGAACUGUGCAGUCAGCUCGGCAACAAGGCUCCUCAAGUGACUGGAAGUGUAGGACACUCGCGGCCGGAGGAUAUAUGGCGAUUUGAGACUUUGCGCAGCCAAGAGGAUGCUCCGCAGUCCCUUGGGUCCAAGUUUGCCAGUGUCUUUGGCCACCUCCCAUCUAGUCCAGCGACCCGAAAAUGGGUCAGGGGCGAAAUAUCCAACUUCCAUUAUCUCAUGUUGAUCAAUACGCUUGCCGGGCGGACAUUCAAUGAUCUGACCCAGUACCCGGUGUUCCCAUGGGUUCUUGCCGAUUACACAAGUGAAGAGCUCGAUCUCACCAACCCAAAGACUUUCCGCGACCUGUCCAGGCCCAUGGGCUGCCAAACACCAGAUCGUGAAGCUGGUUUCCGCGAAAGAUACAAUGCCUUUGCAGAAAUGGGUGACGACAACUCUCCACCAUUCCAUUACGGAACCCACUACUCCUCUGCCAUGAUUGUUUGCUCAUACCUCAUCCGUCUCCAGCCUUUUGUGAAGUCGUAUUUACUCCUUCAAGGUGGCACUUUUGAUCAUGCAGAUCGCCUUUUCUACUCCAUCCGUAAAGCAUGGGAGUCUGCAUCACGGGGAAACAUGACUGAUGUCCGAGAAUUGACUCCUGAAUUCUUCUAUCUUCCAGAGUUUCUGGUCAAUUCCAACAAAUACGAUUUUGGGCUAUUACAGAACAUGACAACGACCAUUGACUCGGUUGAGCUCCCACCAUGGGCCAAGGGUGAUCCCAAGAUUUUCAUCCAGAAGCAUCGUGAGGCCCUCGAGAGCCCUUAUGUGUCUGAAAACCUCCACCAUUGGAUAGAUCUUGUGUUCGGCAGCAAGCAAAAGGGGGAUGCAGCUGUGGAAGCUGUCAAUGUAUUCCAUCAUCUUUCCUACAAGGGUGCGAAGGACCUGGACGCCAUUGACGACCCAAUGGAACGUUUGGCCACGAUUGGCAUCAUUCAUAACUUUGGCCAGACGCCCCACCAAAUCUUCCAGCGAACCCAUCCCCAGAGAGAAGAUGAGCGACACCGUAUCCCCCGGCUCGACACCCUCGCGGAAUCGUUAACACAGAUGCCACUAUCGCUGCUUGAUAUUGAAGAGCGAGUUAAUACUCUGUCCAUGAAGCAGGAUCGCCUUUUAUGCACUGCUGCACUUCGACUGAAUGUCCCACCAACGUAUGACCAAUAUAUGGAAUGGGGCUUCUUCGAUGGAAGCGUGCGGUUUUAUUCCACCGACAGUCGCAAGCUCCUCGGGCAUUUUGAGCACCUCCAUGUUGGUCAACUCUCAUAUGCUAGCUUCGCAGACUCGCGCACACUUAUUACAUGUGGAACAGAUUGUACAAUCUCCUUGUGGACAGUGACCUCGACCGCUCGGUCGAUUGAUCUCCAACCCAUUGGGUCAUUGUUUGGUCAUCGUGCCCCGGUUACCGUACUUGCAACUUCCCGUUCAUUUAGCGCUAUGCUGUCUGCGUCGAAUGAUGGUCAGAUCAUGCUAUGGGAUUUGAACCGACGGUGCUUCGUCCGGGCUCUUCCAGCUGAUGGCACAGUUGAUUGCGCUCGAAUCAACGACGUGACUGGAGAUAUCAUUGUCUGCCGUGGCAACCGUAUCACCAUGUACACGCUGAAUGGAGAUGUGCUGGUCGAUCAACCUGUCUGUGAAUCCAGCGAUGAUCACGUUCUAUCCUGUGUCUAUUAUGAGGGUGUUCAAAACGAAUGGCUCGAGCGUGAGCUCGUGUUAACUGGCCACAGUCGAGGUGUGGUCAAUAUCUGGGCCAAAAACAUUCAUGAUGGACUCUUCGAGCUUGAGCUUAUCCGACAGCUCCAUCAUACCGACAACAGUAGAGACAAUGGCGCGAAUAUCUCUGCUGGAAUUAGUUGUAUUCUGGCUCUUCCCCAGGUUGUCUAUACGGGGGAUGAGGCAGGUCGGGUGUAUGAGUGGAAUUGCGUCCAGCGGCGUUGAAACUCGGAUAUGAGUUCCGUCGGUACGGCUAUUGAAAUGUUCGGAAGACUGUCCUCCAAAUAAACGGCAGUGACGUUUAAAAGUAUGGGGCGCUUAGUCUCGAAACCGGAUAAUUUCUGGUUAUUAUGUUAUUUCCUGUUUUUAUUUCCUAGUCGCGUCCUCUGGACCAUCGCCUCGAUCCGGGGUUUUUAGCGUUGCAUAUACAUAGCGGGAAUGGAAAGCAUUCAGCACAUGCACAACCCCGUAAACCAUGACAUUUAACCGGAUCCCGGUGAAGCAGAAGUGCAG